AUGAAGCGGGCUUUCGGUGUGCUCCAAUCGCGGUGGGCAAUAGUGAAAGGUCCGACGCGUUUUUGGUUCAAGGAAAUCAUCGCCGAUGUCAUGUAUGCGUGCAUCAUCAUGCAUAACAUGAUAGUCGAACAAGAAGUUGGACAUGUCACCGAUUGGAUCGAUGAUGAAGCCGGAUCUAGCUCCAGCACGACGACCCCGCCUGUCGCUCGAGGAUUAGCGAUGGGCUUCAGUGCGGUUCUAGAGAGACAAUCCUCAAUGCGUAGCCGACAAGACCAUGCGGCGCUCAUGAACCACAUGAUUGAAGAAGUUUGGAAGCGCCACGGCCAUUGA